AUGGGCAGUAGUGCUAGCAAAGUAGGGCUACUGUCAGAGCCUUCCUCAAAGACGGGUCAUUUCAGCUUUAUGAAGUCUGUCAUGAGCUACAACAAAAACAAGGAUUUUGAUGAAGACUUAAAGAAACAGAAAAGAGCACCUCACCCGUGGAGUCCAACCCAAGGCCCUGUCAAUGAUGGAGCUGCUUCCAGGAUUAGACAAACCAACAAAGCUGAAAUGAAGUUUCGGACAAAGUUUGACCCCCGCGUCACAGCCAGGUAUGACAUCAAGGCUCUGAUUGGUCAGGGCAGCUUCAGUCAUGUGGUGCGUGUUGAACAUAGACACACCCGCCAGCCCUUCGCCAUCAAACUCUUGGAGGUCAAAGGCCACGAAGGUCGUGAGUCAUGUCGUGCAGAACUGGAGGUUCUAUGGAGGGUCUGCCAUGCCAACAUCAUCCGUCUAGCAGAGGUGUUUGAAACUUCGCAUCGUGUUUACCUUGUUCUGGAGCUAGCCACAGGAGGGGAGCUGCUGGAGCGAGUGGUCGCUAGAGGCUCCUUCACUGAGACUGACGCCACAAGGGCGCUCAUCAUGGUGUCAAGUGGGCUGCGCUACAUCCACGCCCUGGGCAUCAUUCACAGAGACCUGAAGCCAGAGAAUCUGCUGUACUACCAUCCAGGUCAGGAUUCACGUCUGAUCAUAACUGACUUCGGGCUGGCCUGCUGGGGCAGCAAGAGCCGCACUCUGGGAAGAGGUGAUUGGGCACUGAGGACGUUGUGCGGAACCCCUGAGUAUUUAGCCCCUGAGAUGGUGGGUAGGAGACCCUACGGCAGUGCGGUGGACAUGUGGGCACUAGGAGUGAUUUCCUACAUCCUGCUGAGUGGCUCCAUGCCCUUCGACCAGCGCAGUCGGCCACGCCUCUUCAAGGCCAUCCUCAGGGGCAGCUACAGUUUCCACGGUGAACCGUGGAGCUCAGUAUCUAACCAGGCUAAAGACUUCAUAGAGCGUCUGCUGAGUCUCAACCCUGAGCAGAGAAUGACUGCAGAGCAAGCUCUUAAACAUCCUUGGCUGGUCACCAUGGCAGCCGGCUCGUCCAAAAGGAACCUCCACCGGCCCAUAUCCCAGAACCUCAGGCAGCGGGCCUCGCGGUCCUCUGCCCGAAGAAGCAGCAGCUCAGGUUCCGCUCAUGGGUCACGAUGUGCCGCCAGCCCUCGCUCACACUCGGGUCAUGAAUCAUGCCAAUUAGGUGAAAACAGAUUGCAGCGCAGUGUGAUGGUGUCUGCUUAA